GGGCAUGACUCGCCCGUCACCACACUUGUCGUCUCCUCUGAUGGGCGGUGGGUAGCGACGGCCUCCGAGGAUUCCACCAUCAUCCUGUGGGAUGCCCGAGAGGGAUGUAUCGCGCAAGAGUGGUUCACCCGCCACUGCGAGGUCUGGGAUCUCGCAUUCUCGCCGGACAGCCGACACCUUGCGUCCGCAGGUGGCGAUGGGAAGGUGGCGAUAUGGGACAUCAGCGGCAGCUCACGCGAAGUCGCCUGCCUGGACGGUCACCCGAGCAGCGUCAAAGACUGCGCGUGGUCCGGCGACGGCGCUUACCUUGCAUCCCGAGACAGCGACGACAUCGUACGACUCUGGGACGGACAGUCAUUCCAGCCGCUGCCUCUGCUCCCCGAGAUGGCCUCCAUCAAGCCGCUAUUCUCCCCCGACAGCCGUUGGCUUCUUGUUCUUCGCGGGGGCAGCUGUGGUGUUUGGGAUCUGGUAUCGGAUGCCUGCCUUGCGCUCGAGAUGCCGCCAGGUGACGAGGACAUUAGUCCUGUCCUCGCUGCAUUCAGUCCCUCGAGCACACAUGUCGCUGUUGGAUGUCUGAGCGGGAUGACCCGUAUUUGGGACGUAGCGACGAGACAGGAAUGUCUGCGCUUGAAGGUCCACGAGGGUUGGGUCUAUGAUAUGGUGUUUUCCCCAGAUUGUCGGCUGCUGCUCAUAGCGCUGGACAACUACGCGAUGAAGGUGUGGGAUGUGCACACAGGCGCCAUGGUCCACUCGCUUGAUGGACACUCGGAAGUGGUGAGCCAGGCGUGCUUCUCCCCAUGCAGAAAGUAUAUUGCCUCUGCGUCUGCUGAUGAGACGGUGAGGGUGUGGAGGACGAGCGAUGGCCCAUGCUUGGCGACGCUUUCUGAUCACAGUAACUGGGUCUCACAUGUUGCCUUCACUCCCGACGGGACAAUGUUGUGGUCUGCGGCAUUCGAUGGGACCGUC